CUAUUUUCUUAAUUAUUUUUAUUUGUGAUGCUGCGAUUAAGUUUAGGCUUGAUGCGAAGAAACGUAUUUCGAUAUCCUAUGCCAUUUAUGCAUUUCUCAUCAGAUAAAGAACCUCCUAAAGGUAUUUUUGCUUAAGAGAGCCUGUAGGGUUUUAAAAAUUUUAGAGGAAAUCGAAAUUUUAACAGGAACAACCAAAAGAGGAAAAAAAGGAUUAGAAAGCAGAAUAGGAUGAGAAAAAGGAAUAGAAUGAAGGGGAAAUAAAGAAAGAGUAAGAGAAUGAUAAAUAGGAAUUGAAAGGUAUUGAGUAAAAUAAUUAAAUUUAGACGAAAAACCUUAGAAAAAGAAGUACUAGUUUACAUAUGAUCCAAAGUCUUUUAAUUUGUAAGAUGAAAAUAAGAAGGAAAAAAAAGAAGAUUAAUAAGAUUAAUAAGAGAAAUAGGAGUAAUAAUAGUAAGAGAAAUUUGAUGAUGAGAAAGAAGAAUAAUAAAAAGAAGAACAAGAAAAACAAUAGUAAUAAUAAAAGAAAUCUCUAUUAUAAGAUAUAAAUUUUGAAAAGGUGUUUGAAUACUUAAAUAAUCCUAAGAAUAGAAACUAUAUUUAUAUGUUUUUUGGAGUAAGUGGUUUAGCUGCAUUAUAUUAAUAUACAAAUUAGGAAGAGGAAAUAAGUUACACAGAGUUUUUAAAAAACUAUUUAGAGAUAGGUUAAGUGAAUUCAAUAACAAUAUAUAGGAAUGAAACAAUGAAAUUGAAUGAAGCAUCUAUAAUGACACAAAGAGGGACAUCUAAGAGAUUGAUUAUAAUGAAUGUAGAUAAUUUUUUAGAGAAUUUGGAAAGAUUUUAGAGUGAAAAAGGAUUGAGUUAAGAAUAAUUUAUUCCGGUGAAUUUUGAGACAUAAUUAGAUAAAGGUAAAUUAAUGGAUAGAGUAUUAAAUGUAUUAUAUUUUGGUGUAACAGUGACAUUUGUACUAGUAUUGUUUAAGUCACUAAAAGGUAGUAUGGGUAAUAUAAAUAAAGGAAGUGGAGGUGGUGGAGGAAAUGAUGUAUUUGGAUUUGGUAAAUCAAAUGUAAAAUAAUUUGGAUUUGAAUAAAAUGUGAAAGUAAAGUUUAAAGAUGUGGCUGGUUUAGAUGAAGCAAAAUUGGAAAUAAAAGAAUUUGUAGAUUUUUUAAAGAAACCUCGUAAAUAUAAAGAAAUGGGAGCAAAAUUACCAAGAGGAGCAUUAUUAGCAGGACCACCAGGAACAGGUAAGACAAUGGUUGCAAAGGCAUGUGCAGGAGAAGCAGGUGUUCCAUUCUUUUUUGUAAGUGGUUCAGAUUUUGUAGAAAUGUUUGUAGGAGUAGGUGCUAGUAGAGUUAGAGAUUUAUUUAAAUAAGCAAAAGCAAAAUCUCCAAGUAUAAUAUUUAUUGAUGAAAUUGAUGCUGUUGGUAGAAAAAGAGAUGCUAAGAUUGGAGGUAACGAUGAAAGAGAUAACACAUUAAAUUAAUUAUUAGUAGAAAUGGAUGGAUUUGGAACUGAUACAAAUGUAAUAGUAUUGGCAGCUACAAAUAGAAAAGAAUUAUUAGAUCCAGCACUAACAAGACCUGGAAGAUUUGAUAGAUCAGUAGAUAUUACAUUACCAGAUAUAGAAGGUAGAAAAUAAAUAUUUAUGGUUCAUUUGGCACCAUUAAAAUUAGAUCCAUCUAAAACUAUGGUGGAGUAUGCAAAAAGAUUAGCAACUUUAACUCCAGGUUUUAGUGGAGCUGAAAUUGCUAAUCUAUGUAAUGAAGCUGCUAUUAUGGCUGCUAGAGCUAAUAAAAUUUAUGUAGAUUCUAAUGAUUUUGAAAUGGCUUCAGAAAGAGUUAUGGCUGGUUUAGAAAAGAAAAGAAUAAUAAGUGAAGAAGAAAGAAAAACUGUUGCAUAUCAUGAAUCUGGACAUGCUGUAGUUAGUUGGUUUUUAUAAGGUGGUCAUCCUUUACUUAAAAUUACUAUCAUUCCUAGAAGUAAAGGUUCUUUAGGAUAUGCAUAAUAUUUACCUAAUGAAUCAAGUUUAGAAUCAAAAUAGGAAUUAUUAGAUAGGAUCUGUUGUAUUUUAGGAGGUAGAAUUUCAGAAGAGAUCAUUUUUGGAUAAAUUACCACAGGAGCUUAUGAUGAUUUAAAGAAAGCCUAUGAUGUAGCUCAUAGCAUAGUAACCAAAUUUGGUAUGAGUGAAAAUAUUGGAUAUAUUGGAUUCUAAGAGGGUGAGUUUUAGAAACCUUAUAGUGAUAACACUAAUAAAUAAAUAGAUGAUGAAAUUAAGAAAAUUAUAGAGGAAUAGACAGUGAGAACACGUACAUUGUUAAUAGAAAAGAAAGAUUUUGUUGAUAAGUAAAACUAAUUUAUUAAUACUUUUAGAUUGGCAACAAGUUUAUUGGAGAAGGAAACUUUAGAUUUAUAGAAAAUUAUUGAAGUUUUAGGAGAAAGACCAUUCCCUCCCAGAUCUAAUUAUAAGGCGUAUUUAGAAAUAAAAAAGGAAGACUCUUAGUAGGCUUCAGAAUGA